AUGGCAGAUAUCACUGGUAAAUGCGACACGCUUCAUUCGCGUUAUACUGCACUGUAUGAGGAAAUGAAUAACGAGAAUUGCCCAAUUACUCAUCCGUAUAAUCGUAGAGGUUUACAUUCUUGUGUUUCCUCUAGGGGUGCUUACUCUGUGCAAUUGCAUGUUUGGGCAAUUUUUGUUCUUUUGUUUGCCUCUUCUCUGGGGACGACACUUCCACUUCUCGGGAAGUACGUACCUGCACUUCGCAUGCAUCCAUUUUUAAUCGUACUUGGUAAGUGUAUAUCUACUGGUGUUGUUAUGUCUGUGGCCAUGGUUCAUUUGCUAAACCAAGGUAUUCUUGGUUUUCUGAAGGAUUGCGUACCAUCUGUACUACAAGAUUCAUUUGAUGCGUAUUCUCUUCUACUUGCUAUGGUUUCAGCGAUGUUAAUGCACUUGAUGGAUGUACAGAUGGAUUCUUUAGUUGAGGGAUGGUCAAAGCGUGAUGCCGGCUAUUCUCCACCGGAUGAGUAUGAACAGUCUGGUCUCGAAGUAGAGCGGGGAGGAAGAACAACACAGGAAAUGACUACGGCGCCUGAUAACAGUGCGGCCACUCUGGCUGGAUGCCAUAACCACGGUACCGUGUCUACAGCACGCCUUGACAGUGCUCGGCGUAUCGCAUCUGCGGUAUUCAUGGAAUUUGGAUUGGCGCUACACAGUGUCUUUCUGGGAGUCUCUGUUGGCAUCGCCAACGACUCGGAAACUCAGGCAUUACUUGUGGCAUUAACACUCCAUCAAAUCUUUGAGGGUCUCGCACUGGGCUCACGAUUGGCAGAAGCCACUAUGAAUCUUUGCAUGGAGAUAUUCUUUAUUAUGAUCUAUGCUACCUCUGUGCCUAUUGGCAUCGUCAUUGGUAUAGGAGUGGUGAAGGGGACGAAUGUGUCCAUGACGGGUUCCGUAUUUGUCACUCUGCAGGCGGUGUUUGACUCAGUCUGCGGUGGGAUAAUGCUGUACUUGGGCUUCACGUUACUUCUCAGCGACUUCCCGGCGGACCUGCGGGCCUUCACCGGGGCCACAGCACCACAUCGUGUAUCGAAGACUUUUGCAAUGUACGCCGCACUGUGGAUUGGCGCAGGCAUUAUGACAAUACUGGGAAAGUGGGCGUAG